GAGCACCGCGCCGACUCCGAGCGAGUCCGAGCUGUCUGUCUGCUGCCAGGGGCGGACAUGUUGGGGCGGCCUGCUGGAGGACGGUACCGCACGUAUUUCUAAUUUUGACGGAGAAAGUGACAACAAAGCAGAGACGGGUCACCAUGGAUGCCGUCAACGCUUUUAAUCAUGAGUUGUUCUCCUUGAUGGACACCAAGCCUCCCAUCUCGAGGGCCAAGAUGAUAUCCAUCACCAAAUCUGCUAUAAAAGCCAUUAAAUUAUACAAGCAUGUUGUCCAAAUUGUAGAAAAGUUCAUAAAGAAGUGCAAACCCGAGUACAAAGUUCCAGGACUCUAUGUGGUGGAUUCUAUUGUGAGACAGUCACGGCAUCAGUUUGGAGCCGAUAAAGAUGUGUUUGGACCUAGGUUCACCAAAAACAUCACAGGGACAUUUGAGAAUCUAUGCUUGUGUCCUACAGAAGAUAGGAGUAAGAUAGUGAGAGUGCUGAACCUGUGGCAGAAGAAUGGAGUGUUUAAGAUUGAUGUAAUCCAGCCUCUAUUAGACAUGGCUGCUGGAUCUAGCAGCUCAACAGGCUUGGACAACAGCCCUGAGGGUGCAUCUCCACAGUCUCCCGUGAGGGAACAGGAGGCUCAUCCUGUGGUGACGGCAAACUCGAUUGCAGCAGCUGUGCCUCAGCUUCAGAACUCUGAUGCCUUUGUGGCUGUUGCUCAACUAUUUCAGUCUUCUCAAGGACAGCAGCUUCAGCAGAUGCUUCAGAACUUUCAGCCGCCAGUGAAACCCCAGUCUCCAGCUGUGGACAAUAACAGGAGUCAUCACCACCCACAGGCCCAAACUAUGACUGCCACCUCUACCAUCACACAUCAGCAUAUCCAUCAAGCACCACAGCCUGUGGAAACGAAAGCAACCUUCGACAAGACAAUUCUGGACCGUUUUGACUAUGACGAUGAGCCAGAAGCAGGAGAGGAAGCCAAAAAGGGUGAAACGCCGUCUGUCCAGCCUACUAUGGGAUUUUCUGAGCAGACUGUCCCAGGAUUUCCACCAGCCAAUCAGAUGCAGCACUUUCAACAGCAUAUGAUGGCCAUAACACAGCAGCAACAGGUUGUUCUACCAUCAAAUGGACAGGUCCAAGGCUUUGGUCUAAUGACCCCUCAGCCCUAUCCAGACAUGAUGUCUCAGAUGGGGCAGUCACACACAGCUUUCCCCCCUCAGAAUGACACCUUCAAUCAGCACAUGACGGGACAUCAGCAUCCAGAAAUGAUGAGUUCAGAUGCAUCUGCCAGGUCUUACCACGAUGACAAAAGGUCAAGGUCACGUUCAGGGUCGAGAUCUCCUAAAAGAAGAAGGUCUCGGUCUAAUUCCCGUACCAGACGAAUGCGGCAUCGGCGGUCGCGCUCUCGUUCUCGAGAACGGCGGCAUCAGUCACCUCGCUCGCGGUCUCAGGAAAGAAGAGACAGAGAAAAGGAACGAGAACGAAGACAGAAAGGCCUUCCUCCUAUAAAGAAUAACACUCUUAGUGUGUGCAGUACUACACUAUGGGUGGGCCAGCUGGAUAAAAGGACACAGCAGCAGGAUGUGGCCUGUUUACUAGAGGAGUUUGGGCAGAUAGAUUCAAUUAAUAUGAUUCCUCCUCGUGGUUGUGCCUACAUUGUCAUGAUUCAUCGUCAGGAUGCCUAUCGAGCUCUGCAGAAACUAAGCAGAGGUCCAUACAAAGUCAACCAGAAAGCCGUUAAGAUUGCCUGGGCUCUGAAUAAGGGCAUUAAGGCUGAGUUCAAGCAGUGUUGGGAUGUGGAGUUGGGUGUAACCUACAUACCAUGGUCCGAAGUAAAGAUGGAGGACCUGGAUGUGUUUAGAGAAGGAGGGAUGCUGGACCCUGAUUCUUUUGCACCAGAAUGGAGAAGCUCUCAGAUUGAGUUAGAGAAGGCUGAAGAGUCUCAGAACGGCAGGCCUGUGUGUGGAGGAGGGGAGGAGAGCACGGCUGUAGUACCUAUGCAGGUUCCUCAUGUCCAGCCAAAAGGAGCAGUCGGUGUCCCACCUCUUGGAUUCCCAGGACCCAUGAACAUCCCACCCCCCUCAUUCCCACCCGGAGUUCCUCCACCGGGUCCUUUUAUACGCCCAGGCUUUAACCUAAUGCAGAUGCCACCAGGAUUUCUCCCCCCGGGAGCCAUGCCUCCUCUUGGCACCACUGGGCCUCCUCCACCUACAGCAGGGAUUGGCAUGCCUCCAGUUGGCAGCUCAGUUGAAGACCUGUCGAAAGACCCAGCAGGUAUGGGCCCAAGAAUCAACAGUGAUGGAAUAGAGGGGUUCAACUCAGGAAACCAGGUGCCUCCUGGAGGUCCAGCAGGGAUGGGCAUGCAGUCUCCACCAGGUCUUCUAGGUUCAAGGCCGGGUAUGAUGCCUCUCCAGCGGCCCCCAGGGAUGGCGCUUCCACACAUGCAGCGCUUCCCCAUUCCUCCUCCUCGGCCUGGCAUGCCACCCAUCCAUCCACAGAUGAUGCCACCAAGGGGUCCACCUCAGAUGAUGCACCGUGAGCCACCACCAGGGGGAUUCAGGAUGCCGCCCCCUCCUCAUGGCAUCAGGGGCCCCUUUCCCCCUCCAGGUCCUCCCUUUAUGAGGCCAAGCGGACCCAGACCAGAUGGGCCAAAUGAUCACGAGGCGAGGCCGUUCAGAGGUGAGCGGCCCGGUUUAGGAAGAGGCAGAGAUCGAGAACAGGACUGGUACGGCGGGCGACGGCCUUUUGGUGAGGGGUGUGGUGAUGAGAGGCCGGAUGGUCGUGAGCGAUUUGGAGGCUGGCAUGAGGAGCCGGAAAAACAAGGCGGGUGGGACAGAGAGAGAGAACGCAGGGACUGGAGGAGAAGUCCAAAUGAAGAGAGGGAUCGAAACAGAGAUCGAGGACGGGAAGGUGAAGAACGGUCGAGGCGCUCUGGAGGUGAAGAACCGUCGAGGCGCUCUGCAGGUAGCAGAGAGAGGAGCACACGCUGGGACCGAGAUGAUAGACUCGAUCGACUGGGUCUCACUAGUGAGGAACCCAACGAGAGACUUGCAGCAAAUACCAACGAGCCCAGUACAAAUGCUACUAAAGAACUUCCUGAAGCCAAGCCAGAUGUUCCAACACCUUCCACCACAGCCACGGCAGACUCAAAAGCCUCAGAACAUAUUACAGAGAACAAAUCUGCCGAACAAACACAUACGGAAGAAUCAUAGAGGCCUCUUUAUAUGUCAAGACCAUAUGAGCUUCUUACAUGUCAGUGCUAAUCUUGGAUACUGCUGGCUAGAAAACAAAGUCCAACUGUUGUGGGAUGCUUGGUUCUUCAUCCCAAACCAAGUUUUUCAGACUUUAUAAAGCGGAUUUUGGCAAACGUGGAACGUUGCCUUGUGAAUUUAUUGUCCCACCUCAAUGAAGCUUGAAUAUUGUAUUAAUAACUGAAGUUAAGGAACAGAAAAUAUUAAUGAUUCUGCUGUAAAUAUGCUAACCUUACACGAAUAAUGUUUGUAGAUUUUUUCAUUUUACGUUAUCCUUGUUGAGUUUCAGUAAUGGAAACAUGACUGAAAUAAGAUAUUAAGACCCUUUUGCUGUAAUGUUUUCUAACUUAAUGUUUACAACAUACAAAAAAAAAGAUGUUUUUAUAAUUUUUACGUUUUUGGAGAUAGGAACUCCAAAUAUUUCAGCGAUAGGAAUUUGGUUUUAAUAAAAUAUUUUCAUACCAAAUUAA